AUGCGCGUGCUUUCAGCUAUAGCCCUUGUGGCUUCACUGGCGUCAUCGGCACUUUCGGCUCCUGCCUCUGAGUCUCGGGUUUCCACCCAGCUACGAUCACGAGACGCCGAAGGUUACUCCUCGCCGCCGUACUACCCUGCCCCGAACGGAGGAUGGCUAUCCAGCUGGGCAGACGCUUACGAAAAGGCCCAGAGGGUCGUGAGAGACAUGACCUUGGCCGAAAAGGUGAAUCUGACGACCGGGACGGGCAUCUUCAUGGGUCCCUGUGUCGGCCAGACGGGGAGUGCGCUGCGGUUCGGCAUCCCCAACCUCUGCCUUCAAGAUUCUCCUUUAGGGGUGCGCAACUCGGAUCACAACACCGCGUUUCCCGCGGGCAUCACGGUCGGCGCGACCUUUGACAAAGACCUUAUGUACGCUCGCGGUGUGGAACUGGGAAAGGAGUUCCGCGGAAAGGGAAUCAACGUACUUCUGGGCCCGUCAGUCGGCCCGAUAGGGCGCAAGCCGAGAGGUGGCCGCAAUUGGGAAGGCUUCGGCGCGGAUCCCAGUCUGCAGGCGAUUGGCGGUGCGCAGACGAUCAAGGGGAUCCAGAGCCAGGGGGUCAUCGCCACGAUCAAACACUAUAUCGGCAACGAGCAAGAGAUGUACCGAAUGAGUAAUGUCGGGCAAAGGGCAUACUCGUCCAAUAUCGACGAUCGGACGCUCCACGAAGUCUACCUGUGGCCAUUUGCAGAGGGAAUUAGAGCCGGGGUUGGCGCCGUUAUGACUGCGUACAAUGAGGUAAGUGCCUCCACUUUGUGUCCGAGCGUCAAGCCAUCUGAUGAGUUGGCCCGCCAGGUGAAUAGUUCGGCGUGCAGUCAGAACAGCAAGCUGCUCAAUGAAAUCCUGAAGGAUGAGCUAGGAUUCCAGGGGUUCGUCAUGACCGACUGGCUUGGGCAAUAUGGCGGAGUCUCCUCGGCCCUGGCUGGUCUGGAUAUGGCCAUGCCAGGCGAUGGUGCUAUCCCGCUUUUAGGGACUGCUUAUUGGGGCUCUGAGCUCUCGCGCUCUAUCCUGAAUGGCUCCGUCCCGGUUUCACGUCUGAACGACAUGGUCACCAGAAUCGUGGCGGCAUGGUACAAGAUGGGCCAGGAUGGAGAAUUCCCGCUGCCCAACUUCUCGAGCAACACACAAGAUGCGACGGGCCCUUUGUACCCGGGUGCUCUUUUCUCUCCGUCUGGUGUUGUCAACCAGUAUGUCAACGUGCAGGCCGAUCACAACAUUACUGCCAGAGCAAUCGCGAGAGAUGCCAUCACUUUGCUAAAGAAUGAUGACAAUAUCCUCCCUUUGAAGAAAGACGACGCUCUAAAGGUUUUUGGAACAGACGCCGGGCCUAACCCGGACGGUCUCAACUCCUGCGCUGAUAUGGGAUGCAACAAAGGAGUGUUGACCAUGGGCUGGGGCAGUGGCACGUCCAGGCUUCCGUACUUGGUCACACCGCAGGAAGCCAUUGCCAACAUCUCGUCCAAUGCUGCCUUCUUUAUUACCGAUAACUUUCCCUCUAACGUUGCGGUAAGCUCAGGCGAUGUCGCCGUGGUGUUCAUCAGCGCCGACUCUGGAGAGAACUAUAUCACCGUCGAAGGCAAUCCAGGGGAUCGGACCUCGGCAGGGCUAAACGCAUGGCACAACGGCGACAAGCUUGUCAAAGACGCAGCGGCCAAGUUCUCCAAAGUCGUUGUGGUCGUCCACACCGUGGGCCCUAUCCUCAUGGAGGAAUGGAUCGACCUGCCGUCGGUAAAAGCCGUCCUAGUCGCGCACCUCCCCGGGCAGGAAGCCGGCUGGUCCCUGACGGACGUUCUCUUCGGCGACUACAGCCCCAGCGGCCAUCUCCCAUACACGAUCCCACGCGCCGAAUCAGACUAUCCUUCUAGCGUCGGUCUCCUCUCGCAGCCUAUUGUCCAGAUCCAAGACACCUACACCGAGGGCCUGUACAUCGACUACCGCCUCUUCCUCAAAGCCAACAUCACCCCACGCUAUCCCUUCGGCCACGGACUCUCCUACACCACCUUCAGCUUCUCCCAGCCCACGCUGUCCGUCCGCACCGCACUCGACAGCACUUACCCACCGACUCGGCCCCCCAAAGGCCCAACCCCAACCUACCCCACCGCCAUCCCCGACCCCUCCGAGGUAGCCUGGCCCAAAAACUUCGGCCGCAUUUGGCGCUACCUCUAUCCAUACCUCGACGACCCCGCCAGCGCUGCGAAGAACUCCAGCAAGACCUACCCAUACCCGGCCGGGUACACGACCGUCCCCAAGCCUGCCCCGCGCGCCGGUGGCGCAGAGGGAGGCAACCCGGCCCUCUUCGACGUGGCCUUCGCUGUCAGCGUCACCGUCACAAACACGGGCAGCCGACCCGGCCGCGCCGUCGCUCAACUCUACGUCGAACUACCAGAUAGUCUGGGCGAGACGCCAUCUCGCCAGCUGCGACAGUUUGCGAAGACGAAGACUCUAGCCCCCGGGACUAGCGAGACGCUGACCAUGGAGAUCACUCGCAAGGAUAUCAGUGUUUGGGAUGUGGUGGUGCAGGACUGGAAGGCGCCUGUUCGGGGAGAGGGAGUGAAAAUCUGGCUUGGGGAGAGUGUGCUGGAUAUGCGGGCUGUGUGUGAGGUUGGAGGUGCUUGCAGGGUUAUAUAA